GGGAAACGCCUCUGGCAGCACGGGCGCAAAACGUUCUUUCAAACGGCCAAUCGGACAACAACGCACCCAGACGAGAUUGAUGUGGCCGACAACGCCAUGAAGCGAAAUAAUCGAGGCUCAAGCCCAGCCUCCGCCUCGGUGCCAAAGAUUGCAAUCAAUGGGCCAUCGACAAAUAUGACGGCGGAGCCUGACAAGGCUGGCAAUGAGGGCGAGCGCGUCCAGGAAGGCGGUGAUGGUAUCGACGCGGGGCUGCGAAGCUUGGGACAUUACAAGCGGGCGCUCCCUCCAUGGAGAUAUGCAGUGCGACAGAAGAUGCUGCCCCUGAUUCGGUGGGAAACACCCUACCUCGCCUGGUUGCAGUCCAAGAUCCGCUCGCCCGCACUCGACAGUUACUUUGCCAUUACUGCAAACCUCGGGACGCAUACGUUCUUCAUGAUCGGGCUUCCCAUCAUGUUUUGGUGUGGAUUUAUGGAAUUUGGGAAGGGCCUUGUCCACAUAUUAGCAACCGGCGUCUUCGUUACAGGCUUCAUCAAGGAUCUACUAUCUCUCCCCAGACCACUGUCGCCCCCUCUCCACCGAAUUACCAUGUCCGGAUCAGCGGCGCUCGAGUACGGCUUUCCAUCAACACAUUCAACCAAUGCAGUAUCCGUCGCUGUGCUUGGAAUUCUCAUGCUGCACGACCCAACCAACACUCUUUCCCCUGCAAUCAAGGUCUACUUGGAGGUCUUGAGCUAUUUCUACGCAGUAUCCAUCGUCUUUGGCCGUCUCUACUGCGGCAUGCAUGGUUUCCUGGAUGUGAUAAUCGGCAGUCUGAUUGGCAUCUUUAUCGCACUCGGCGAGUUCUAUUGCGGCCCGAUAUUGGAUUCCUGGCUUCACGCCACUGGCUGGCGCGGGUCCAUCGUGUUUAUCCUGACCAUCAUCGUACUGGUGCGCAUCCACCCGGAGCCUGCGGAUGACUGCCCGUGCUUCGACGACAGUGUUGCCUUUGCCGGCGUCAUGAUGGGCCUCGAAGUUGGGUUCUGGCACUAUAUGCACUCAUCCUUUGCCUGGCCGGCAAGCGAUCGCUUCUCACUGUCUCAGUUGGGUUGGCCGACUGUGGGAGCACGCCUUGUGGCGGGCAUUCUCGUCAUCUUUGCGUGGCGCGAAAUCAUGAAGCCUGCGCUGCUCAAGAUUCUCCCCUAUAUCUUCCGUGCCAUAGAAGACCGCGGUCUUUCCCUCCCGCGACGCUUCUUUGUCAAUGCGAGCGAGUACAAGAACAUUCCCGACCUCCUCCGCCUCCACACCGACAAUGUUAUCCCUUCGGUCAGUGACCUGCCUGAGAUUGUGCGCAACAUACGGCGCGUGGGGACCCGCGGCCGCAGCGUCAGCAUCGGGCCGCAAAGCGCGGCAGAUGCGUACGAGACGCUGGCUUAUCGGGAGCGGAGGCGACGGGAGAGCAUAGGGAGCAACGCCAGCCUUGGAAGCAAGCCAAGCCUGCGGAACCUCAGGGAGGAGGUCGCCCGGGAGGAUGGCACUUCCGGGGACGCGUUUCAAGACGGAGAUGGCUUUGCGUUUUCGUCAUCCCUCAGUUCUGCCCAGCAGAGCCGGCGGAGGAACCAGUCGCCAGGUACUCUGGCCGAAUACGAAAGCCAGAUGGGCCAGGGUACUGUUGUCGUUGGGGACGAAGGUGGCAACGGCGAGGAUGAUGUGGACAUCUUCAUUGGCCAGCAAGACGAGUUUGAGGAGAAGGAGAUGUUUGAGAAGCUUAUAAAGCCACGUGUCAAGUAUGAUGUUGAGGUGGUGACCAAGCUGGUCGUCUAUGCCGGCAUUGCAUGGCUGAGCGUUGAGGGCAUACCGGUCAUGUUUGAAUAUAUAGGCCUGGGUGCGGAACACCUACGCCAACCGAGGUGA